GAAAGACAAUUCGCAUAUGCGCAGUCUGAAGAUCCGUUUGCUAGGCUUGCACAGAAAUUCAUCUCACAGAUAUCACCUGUGCUUGGACUUCAUUCAUUUACACGCAUUUGUUGUCAGGAGGGUUAAGAAAAACGUCUUUAUCAUGGCUGACCCAAGAAUACGUCAAAUCAAAAUCAAGACAGGAGUCGUGAAGAGGCUGGCCAAAGAGGAAGUGUUGUACAUAAAGGAGGCCAAGCAACAGGAGGAGAAGAUUGAGCGCUUGAAGGCAGAAGCAGGAGAUGAAUACGUCAUCAAGAAACAGGUGGAGGUGCUGCAGGAGUCGCGUAUGAUGAUUCCAGACUGCCGUCGUCGUCUCAACGUGGCGCACGCCGACCUGAUGCAGAUCCUGGAAAACGAAGCAGAUCUCGCAGAAACGGAAGAAUACAAAGAAGCUCAGACCAUGCUGGACUCUGUGAAGAUGGAAGCAUGAUUCUCCCACUACAGCCACCUUAAAAUGUCCCACUUUGAAGCUUGUGUUGAUCCCGAGACUAAUCUUAAUUUGUAAUAAGUAUCUUAUCAGCUAUAUUUACAAUUUAUUUUAUACAUUUUGCACAUCAAAAUGUUUAGCAUUUUGUUGUGAUCUUUCUGCCUACUGUGUUCACCUUGACCAAUGUUCUAAAUAAAAUCUUUUGUUUUUGUA